GAGCCGCACCCACACUCAUGAGCUACGUCAGAGAAGCUACGUUCACAAUCACAUAUCCACAGACCAAACGCAAGCGCCUCGACAAACAGUAAAUAUUUUGUAACCGUUCUUGAAGGUAGUCAUUUUUCCGAGUUCCAAUUCAAUGAUUCAGCUAAUUUUAUUGUAUAUUCGUCAAGCUGGUGCAACUAUUCAACUCAUUGCACGACUGAUUUAACGUUACAACUGUUGACAAAACGAGUCCCGGGUUGGGAAUAAGAUUUUAACAAAGGAUGGCUUCUCGUGGGAAAUCAGAAACUGGAAAAUUGAGGCAAAAUAUGGAAGAGCAACUUGACAGACUGAUGCAGCAGCUUCAGGAUCUGGAGGAAUGCAGAGAAGAACUGGAUGAGGACGAGUAUGAGGAGACAAAAAAGGAAACCUUGGAACAGUUGAGUGAAUUCAAUGACUCUCUGAAGAAGAUCAUGACAGGAGACAUGACCCUUGUGGAUGAACUCAGUGGAAUGCAGCUGGCAAUCCAGGCUGCCAUCAGCCAAGCUUUCAAAACCCCUGAGGUGAUCCGACUUUUUGCCAAGAAGCAGCCAGGACAGCUGAGAACAAGACUAGCAGAGAUGGACCGAGAUGUCAUGGUGGGGAAAUUGUCGCGAGAUGUGUACACGCAGCAGAAAAUGGAAAUCCUCACAGCCUUGAGAAAACUUGGAGAGACGCUCACUUCGGAGGAUGAGACUUUUCUCACCAAAAAUGCUACAGCUACUCUGAACCAGUUUGAAAAAGUGACUGCAAACUUAGGCUCUGAAGACAAAAUUAUGGCUUUAGCUAGCUCUGGUGUGAAAACCAAAGCAUAGUAAUUCUACAAAAUGUUAAUUUUAACCCUGUGUCUUUAUUACCAAGAAUGACGUGUUAAUUGAUCAUUGAUUUUGUAAAUAGCCAGUGCUCUUCUAUGUUUUGCUGUAGAUGCUAACACUUUUUAACAGUAUUGUUUUAUACCCCUGCACUUUUGUAAAUGUCUAUUUGUCCAGAUGCGUGUAAAAUUGUAUUAUAGGUACAAACAUGUGAUUUGUGGAAUAUGAAGACAUGUACAUGAAUGUAAAAGAUGGUCCAGGCAGUUCAAGAGAAAUACUCUGUUGUGAUUUGGGCUGUAUUUCUUAUUGGGUUGCUGUGUCUCUGUCUUGCAUUGUUGUUUUAAAGAUUGUUGAUUUUCUGUAUGAGUGCUGCAAAUAUUCAAGAUUUAUUUUAAAUAAACUGUUCCGUUUA